AUGAACAAUCUGCACUAUGCGAGCGACGAAGAAGCAGAUGAGAAUCUGCAGUAUCAGUAUGAGAGGGAUGAAGAAGCAGAUGAUGAGGUAGGGGGAGAUUAUCCAGUAGAUUACGAUGUCGAUGAGUAUGGUGAGACUCUGCGGGAGAAAAAUCAUACUCUUAUGAAUGAAGAAGAAAUUGCCAAACUUGAGGAGGACUAUAUUACAAAAGUGUCGACUGUCCUUUCUAUAUCUGUUUCUUAUGCAUGCUUGCUACUCCCUCACUUUAAUUGGAGGGUUAAUGAUCUACAGGAUGAAUGGUUUGCUGAUGAGGAUAAAGUUCGAGACAGGGUAGGCUUGUUGAAGAAGCCAGUAGUCGACCAUAGUGCCGCCGGAGAUCUGAAACCAACUUGUGGAAUAUGUUUUGAUGAGUACGACUAUUCAUCCACCGGUAGUGUUAGCAGUAUUUUGACAGCCUCUUGUGGCCAUCCUUACUGUCGUGAUUGCUUGGCAGGUUAUAUCAGCACAUCGAUCAAUGACCGUGGUCCUGCCUGUUUGAUGCUCAGGUGUCCUGAACCGAAAUGCAGCGCUGCAAUUGGUCCGGAUUUAAUCCAAAAUGUGUUGCUGAUGUCAGAGAAGAAGGAAAAGGACUUGUAUGACAAGUACAAGCGCUACCUGUUAAGAUCUUAUGUCGAAAAUCACAAGAAGAUCAAAUGGUGUCCUGCUCCUAACUGCGAGUACGCCAUUCAUUUUGAUGGUGUGGGGGAAAUGGUGUCAUAUGAUGUAUCGUGUGCUUGUUCUCGUAAAUAUUGUUGGAAUUGCACAGAGGAGAGUCAUCGUCCUGUGGACUGCAAGACUGUUAAGAAAUGGCUUUUGAAAAACCAGGAUGAUUCUCAGAAUGGGAAGUGGAUAAUGGUCAAUACAAAGCCUUGUCCCAAGUGCAACAGAUCAAUUGAAAAGAACUUAGGGUGUAAUCAUAUGACCUGCAGAGCCCCUUGUCGGUAUGAAUUUUGCUGGUACUGUCUCGGUCCAAUCAGAUCAGGUUGCCAUUGCAAUGGAUUUUCUAGAGUUAAAUCUGAUAAGGUGAACGUAGCUGAGAUUGAUAGAAGGAAAGCAAAGAGAGACUUAGAGAGAUACAUUCAUUACUAUGAGCGCUGGGCAAACAAUGAAAGAUCAAAGAUAAAAGCUAUAGAGGAUUUCGAGAAGGUUAAAACAUUGCACAUUGGAAAACUUGGAGACCUACAAGAGAAUACAGUAGAGCAUUUAUAUAAUUUCAUUAUAGAUGCUUGGCAACAGAUAAUUGAGUGCAGGCAGGUACUGCGGUGGACAUUUGUCUAUGGCUAUUACUUGAGUGAGGAGGAAGAGCAGACUAAGCAGGAUUUUUUCGAGUGGUUGCAAGGUCAUGCUGAAUACAGCCUCGAGCAGCUUCACAACUGUGCUGAGACUGAACUGCAUUCGUUUCUGGACUCGCCUAAUGACAUCAAGGACUCCAAAUUCAUAAACUUCAAGAGAAAUCUUACAAGCUUAACAAAGGUGACCGGGAAUUACUUUAACAAGCUGGCUAGAGCGUUGGAGGAGGGACUUCCAGAGGUAAUGAUCGCAUCAGGAACAAAAAACAGAAAGCGCCUUCCAGAGACUGAGAUUGAAUCAGGAACAAAGAAAAAAAUGCGCCAGGAUGGGACCGCUUCUUCCAGCACUAACACAAGUCAUGACUACGAGGAGGAUAGUUGGUCUUGUCCGGAUUGUACCUAUGUAAAUCCAGAAACUACCCGCAAGUGUCUGAUGUGUUCUCCGGAUUGGUUUUGUGGUAGCUGUACCUAUCGAAAUCCAGCUUCUUCAGUGAGGUGUGAGAUGUGCAAUAAUGCUGAAACUUGA